UCUGUAGGAGGAGGUCGUCGGCCACCUCGUGAAUGGUCAUCGUGUGUCCCCACCUCGACGACGACGGCGGGCAAGUGACGGCUGUUAUGCGAUCAUCGAAGUCUCCAACGCCGGUUCGGGAGGCGUCAGGGAACAACAGGAAUCCUCCGAGGCAGCAAUUCCGGUCGCCAUCUGUGUCGAGGGGUGCCUCCGCUCGCCCCCAGUGGAUGCAGUCUCCGUCUCCCCUGUCCGCCGGUUUGAGUGCGGCCUGCCGUCGUGGCGAAUGCGGGGAGACAAAUUCUGGCUUCGACGAUAUUGGUGACGAACUGGACGGGAGGGAGGUGUGGGCAGAACACCGGCGGGAGCUCCGGUCGGGGUGCGAGGAAUCCAUAACUCGGGGGGUGCAGCGACUGUGUGGGGGGGAACACGAAAAGGAAAAGGAGGCACCAGUUCUGGACGCGGACGAUCACGACGACGACGACAACGGCGGAGAAGGUGGGGAGGAGGACGAAGGCUACGUUUUGCGGUUCAGGCAAAACAACAUGGGAGGCAGGGGCGGGAAGACGAAGGCCUCUGCCCGCAAUGAUCGUCGGGGGAAAAAAGCGGUGGGGAAGGGGAGCGAUGUCGACGGGGACGGUGACGCGGAAGGAGGUCGACACUUUUGGUCCGUUGACCACAUUUUAGCCCUCAUAAGGGCUAAACGUGACCAGGAUGCGCAUAUGCACGGGAUGGGUCACGCCUACGCUCGAAUCAAGCCGCGAGAUUGGAAGUGGUUAGAUGUGGCGCAAAGGUUGAAGAAGGUGGGCAUCGACAGAGACGCAGAUAAGUGUAGGAAGAAAUGGGACAAUUUGAUGCAGCAAUUCAAGAAGGUGCAUCACUUCAAUCGCUUAUUUGGGAAACAUGACUUCUUCCAAUUGUCGGCGAAGAAGUGGAUGUCCAAGGGCUUCAAUUUCAACAUGGAUCGUGCGGUUUACGACAAGAUAUUGGGGUCGACCGCCAAGAACCACACCAUACACCCGAAGAACGUCGCCGACACGGGUGCUUUGCGUGGCGCCGACGACGUCAUCGACGUGGAAGCCGCAGCGGCAUCAAGGGAGGACGUGCCAGGUGGCGUCGUACAGCCGCGUCGAGCGACCGUUCCGCAUGUCAAUGACGGCCCAGACGCGCACGAGUCUGCGCUCCGCGCACGAACACCAGCAACCCCACGCCCGUGGACGGGUGUAGAUGUUGGAGGGACUUCGCAAGUCGUCGCUCAAGGGAACAGGAACCGUUCUCCUGCACAGGAGGCGCAUGUGGCCGUUGUGGGGGGGGCUUCACACGCCGGGGAUGCCGUGAGGGCAGGGGAUGUCGGCGGAGAGGGGGAGGACGAUGAAGCGCUGGUGAACAGGGUGCGGCGGCUGAAUACGUGGGAUGGAAUGGAGGCCGCGGCGAAGCUAUGGGUCGAUGACUUGCGCUUUUGGAACGAAACGAAAGGGAACGCCAUAGUAAAGUUAAUACAGGAAGCGCGCCUGCAUCUUGUGGCUGUGGCACAGGGAGUGCAGCCUCCGCCUGUUCGUCAAAGCAUCGUCUUGCCUCACAGCAGCAUCCCUCAACACAAAAUCAAGGACGAGACGAAGUUGAUUGCUGCGAAGGAGAGGGCGCUCAAGGUGCAAACCAUCGGUUUGCGGGUGUCCCGCUUCAGGUGCAACAGACGUCGGAGCGGCGGGGUUCUCCUUCUGCACUUCGUCGGGCGUUGUGUCCAACGGUCGAAUAUUUCGAAAUGUGUUUUAUGUGCGGGGUGUGAUGUUGUCGCCGGCCGCCCCGUUUGUUGCCAUUCGCGUGCGCGCGUGAGGGUUGUCCGUUCGGGUGGUCAUCUACACGUGGUGUGUUUCAUGGCAGACAUCUUCCGGCGGCUACCGCUCCUGUUACUAGCAUCUCUUCUGCUGCUUCUUCUCGUCUUUUUGCGCGCCUUCGUCGUGACGYGGCCUCCURGGCGUAGAYAGAGACGASAAGUGGAUAGGAAGACGACGAUGGACAGGCGGGACAGCUCCGUCGGACAGCAGAGACGUGUGAUGGAUUUCUCCAUUCCUGAUCGGCCCCGGUCCGGCCAUCGACCCGCCGCAUACGACCCGUCCUUGUACAGUCAUCUUCCACCGCACGAACAGCCGCUACCGYCGGAUCCGGAGGACGYMUGGGUUGAGGAUYUGUCGCACACACUUCCUCUGGGGAGUGGAUCUACGCAGGAGUGGACGAGCAGGCAGUGCCAGCAGARGGAAGCARGGACCWCGCGCGAGUCGUUCACCGCAUUGCUGGAGGAGGGUGUCGACAACGCCGCCACGGAGCUUGUGGACUUGGAUUUCGGAUUGUGCAGCGGGAGUGGUGCAAGUGGUCCGAUCCACGGCGGAGGGGUGGUGGGAUCGCCAACGUUGGGAGGAGGAUCGUCCCGUGUCGGUGAGCCGACGAAUGGGUGUCGUCCACCGGUCCCGAGUUCCAUGGGCGCCGGGCCACUUGGCGAGUCGUCAAGGGCAGUGACACCCAUCCGCCCGUCGGUGUCUUCGCCUACAAUGCGGCAGAGGGCGACCGCAAGUGCUGCAAUCAAUGAUGGGACUCCACCGGAAGACAUCGGCAGGCAGGCGUGGGAGAACUGCCGCCUACAAAUGCGGCGUGCUGCCAUGGAGAACAUAACCACUGGUGUGUCCAGGCUUCGUGUGGGGAGCGACGUGGAUGCGGACAACAGCCGUCGGGCGAGUGGGGACGAGUCUCCGGAUUCCCGUUACGAAGAGGACGCGGAAGACGGUGAGGGGCUGGAGAUCCGACCCGGAGUGGGAGCUGCUGGACCUGCAGAAGCGGCUGGUGGAGGUCGGCGGGACAACGUCUUCCAGCAGUACAAGAAGGUGCAGCGUUACCAGAAUAUGUCCGGCGGGAAGAACUUCCUCACAUUGACUCCUGCAACGAGAGCGGACGAGGGUUUCAACUUCCGAAUGGAUGAGCGAGUCUUCAAUGAGAUCGACAACAUGUCGAAAAAUAACAAGACCAUCUACCCGGACAACGUGGCAGACACGAGCGCACGCGGAGGAGUGCCGCCAGCAAUGGAUGGUCACCGCCAGGCGGUCGUUGGUGGAGAGUCCUCUGCUGGUGGAGAGGGGGGUGAUGGCAUUGACGAAGAUGUGGGUUCAGCGCUUGAGACGGGGUUCAGUGCAGGGAGCACGGGCACUCCAGCGAAGAGGAAGAACAUGCGGCAGCAGACCUUCGACGCCAUCGCCGAAGUCAUGGACAAACACGGUUCAUUGAUGGCAGACACAGUAGAGGGUGCGAGCAAACGGCAGUGUAGCAUCCUGGAGCGGCAGUGUGACAUCCUCGACCGGGAGGUUGAAGCCCAGAAGCGCCAGUGUGACAUACUGGAGAGGCAUUACACGGCGUCCGAUGAGGCGAACAAGAUGAUGUGCACGACAUUCGAAUGGCGCCACGUGGCCAGCAGAAGGCGAAACGUCCACACGGCGAGUGCAGGGCAAAUAGGAAGGGGCCACAUCCCAAAGUCGAAGAAGCUCCUUGAGGGAGACGGGUCGGAAGGAGAGAUGGGGGGUGACGGGGGAGAGGAGGAGACGCCUAUGGACAUCACUUCUAAAGGGACACCUGUGCUCGGGUUUGGGCGUGACGGUAUGAGCAGGCAGCGUAUGCUUGCGCUCACCAACCUUGGCGUCCCGACGUCCACGCGCGGCGGCGGUGGCGGGAUGGCUCGUGCGCAAGGAGUUUCAUCCGGUGACAUUCCGCCGCAGAGGGCCGUGGGUUCUGCAUCCACCAUCUCAUCCAUGUUCGAGCGCGGCGAAAAAGCUCCGGUAGGUGAGUCUCCAUCGCGCCACGUGGAGGCGUCGAACCCGACGAUCGUCGUCGCUUCGCCGAGGGAUGUGCUUCAAUCCGCGCAAGCAGCGAGCGCCGCUGGUCAUGCCGCCGCCGUCGGUGUUGGAGAAAGGCGAGAAGAUAGGAGGGUGGAAGAGGCGGGGAGAAAACAGGAGAGGAGGGAGGAGACUCCGCGCGGGGAAGAWGAGGACGACCAGCCUCUGAGCGCGAGGAAGAAAAGGUCCCGCCAAGAGGAGGAGUUGGAGGCGAAAUCGAAGCUGUGGGUAGACGGCAAAGCGUUCUGGGCAACCGGCCCCGGACCGAUGAUCGCGGACGCGGUGCAUUCCUGCGCGGACUACUUCUGCGCGAUCAAUGUCACCCGCCGCUGCAGAAGAGGAGACAACGCCUCCACGAUCUCCAUGAACACCCUGGGGGUCAUCCUCAACUUUUCCUUGUGGUACUCGUCCGAGGCGUCGUCCAUCUUCCGCAGAUCCUCCCACGUGCCACCCGUCCUUCUCCGCAUCCACCACCUUGGAGUCGCCCGCGGUAUCGCCCCGGAUGACAUGGCGGCGCAGAACUGGGUAAUGGAUUCAGACAUGGACACGCAGUCGGGCGCCGCCAUCACGUGGUGGAGGAGCUCACGCUGCCUGCAGAUAGACACUCUCGUCCUCAACCGCGUCGUCGUUUUCUCGAUGCGACAACGCAUGGCCACCGCCGACACCGCUGCAACCACCGCAUUUCUCUCCACCCUGCUCAAGGUCUUGCCACGAACCUCCUGCGACACGUGUUCCAUCACGAUGCCCCAACGGCGCCUUGUUCAACAACCACAACAGACGGAGGACUGGACCCUCGUCACACACUGUCCCAGCGGACGUUGGAGUGGACCCUCGUACACGAAUGGCGGGCGCGUGAAGAUAUGGCGAGCCACCGGAUCGUCGUCAUCUGCAGGAAGACGAAGGCGGGACACACACCACUUCACGCGCUCCAACGUCGUCACCUUUCGCGCUGCGCCGGCUGACGAUCGGAUGAACGAGUCGCCAACAGCGAUGGGCGCCGCAAAUCAUCCGCGCACACGUUUCGCACACUGGUAGCUCCAGGGGUGGUGACGCCACGGCGCGCCUUUACCUCGGCUGACGGUUUGAAAUUCGAAUUUCGAAAAGGAACCUUCGCGCCUCUUUUCGCAGCGCAGCAUCGCGGGCCUCCUUGCGCCGCCAGUGGACCACGCCCGACGACGGACGGACAUCCCUCGAUGACGACGGACAUCCUCUCCCGCGGCCUCGCAUUUGCGUAUGAAAUUGGCCGCGGGAUACCUCCAAGGUUUUUCCUUGGGACCCUUUCGUUUAGGACGCGGUGUAACGCCGCCGCCGAAUUCCUUGAAAUUUCCCAAGGACUUCGUCCUAAUUCCUGAGGAUUUUUCAAGGAGGGUCUAACGAGGCCCUAACUCG